AUGGCGCAACAGAACAAAAAGCCUCCUGGCCCCGACCAGACCCGUAACGAAUACAUCCCCUCGUUCAUUUCAAAGCGUCCAUUCUGGGCCGAGACCACCCAUUCCGAUGCCGACUACCUCGAACAUCAGCGGUUGCAAUCCGCUCCCAAAGACACCCUCGACAAGGCCAAAUGGUACGACCGAGGCAAGAAGCAGGGGCCUGCAGCCACCAAAUUCCGUAAAGGCGCAUGCGAGAACUGCGGUGCCUUGACGCACAAGACAAAAGAAUGUCUCAGCCGGCCGAGGAAACAAGGUGCGAGGUGGACCGGCAAGGACAUUCAAGCGGACGAGGUCGUCGAGGACGUACAAUUAGGAUGGGACGCCAAACGAGACCGGUGGAACGGGUACGACAGUCGAGAGUACAGUGCUGUGGUCAAGGAAUACGAGGAGCUAGAAGCCAUCAAGCGCGCCGCCGCAGGUCAAAAGGACAACGGUGACGGCUCCGGUACCCCAGAUCUCUCUGACACCCAGUACGGCGAAGAGACAGACAUGGGCCGUUCUCAACCGACCUCCACCCGCCAGCUCCGCCUGCGUGAAGACACAGCAAACUACCUAAAGAACCUCGAUCUCGACUCCGCCCGCUACGACCCCAAGACACGGUCUAUGGACAAAUCCGCUGCCCAGGUAACAGAUGAUGCCGACGUAGACGAAGGUUUUAUCCGGCCGGCAGCCACGAAUGACGACGCUGCAGAAUUCGAACGGGCACAACGCUACGCAUGGGAGACGCAGGAGAACAACGCGAACUUAUCGCAGGCGAAGAAACUGCACUUGCAAGCCAAUCCGACCGAGGGUGAAAUCCUGCGCAAGAAGCAAACCCAAGAGGCAGCAGAGAAGAAAGCGGCGGCUCGGAGAGCCCUGCUGGAGAAAUACGGCGGGGACGAAUAUCUGUUAACAGAGGGCGGCGACAACCAUCAACACCACCCGGCCAAGAAAAUCAAACACCACAACGUCGUCGCCAACGAGCGGUACGUCGAGUACGACGAAUCGGGGCACAUCAAGGGCUCCGAGCGCACGGUCGCGCGCUCCAAGUAUCCGGAAGACAUCUUCCAGAACAACCACACAUCGGUCUGGGGAUCAUGGUGGAAGGACUUCAAGUGGGGGUACGCGUGCUGCCACUCCACGGUGAAGAACAGCUACUGCACAGGUGAAGAGGGCCGGCAGGCGUGGGAAGCGAGCGAGGGGAUGAGGACGGGCCAGUCACUGCUCCAGAUCGAGAACGUGGCCUCCGACGAACACACGACCACCGCCAGAACAGUGGCCGUCCAUGACGACGCAAGCCAACGCCUCCGCCUCGAACAAGACGGGGAAGACAUCCAAAAGCGCAAGAAGGAGCUCGACGAAGCCGACACGGGCGGUGCGAACUCAAUACCACCACCGCCGCCGCCGCAGCAGGCCUCCUCCAAAAAGCGCACCCUGCAAGAACUCCAGUCCGGCAUCUCCGAGGAGGAACUGGAGUCGUACAAGCGCAAUCGCAUGGCGGCCGAUGAUCCCAUGGCGAACUUGCUGGGCAAGGACGAGCUGAUGGAGAUGCGAUGA